AUGGCUACAGUUCAAGAUGAUGGCGAAUAUAAUUUGCAGGAGGCAUGGGACAAGGCGUGCACGUCCUUUGCGCAGACAGCCAAAAUCGACCUCACUACAGCACCGAAGUUCUCUGUAGAUGAAGUCCUUGAUCAAAUUCGCAUGAAGCAGGACGAUGAUGAUGAGAAAAACAACAAGUAUAUCGCUGCAAAAGAUGCGAUUGGCAAGACAUUGAAAUUUGUCACGCUUCUGGGUGGGAUCGCUGCCCAGGGUGCGAGCAUGGUAUUUGCGCCCGCUGGCCUGUGCUUCAAUGCAAUUUCAUAUCUAAUUGACACUGGAGCGAAAUUCAAGCGCAUCUUUAGUAGCCUGGCAGAGCUGUUCCGCCGCAUCUCGGAUGUGCUCGAGCGCUGCAAAAUCUACAUGCGCUUGCCCGCGGACGCGGUUGACGUAGCUCUUCGCAAGAUUAUCAAUGAGGAGCUGGUGUGUUUUGUCGACAUUUGCGCGUUGUCGAUCAAGGUUCUCAAGGGCCAUAAAGUCUUCAUUGCGCUCAAGGUAUUUGCCUUCGAUGGGGACGAGGGCGUGAGCGGCCAGCUAGCUCGCCUCGCCACGCUAGUCGAGCGUGAGUCUCAGAUGCGAGCAACACUAGGGUUCGAGUCGCAGAAGAUGACCGAGAGAAACAUCAUUGAGAAUAGGGACGGCACGAGAAAAAUCAACUUGACAGUCGACAAGCUACUCAGCCUUGAGAACAAGAGAGAAGCAGACACUUCCUCAAAGAAGCUCCUGGAGACUAUCGAUUCCAGUUUGGGCAAUCCAAGCGAGGCUUUCAAAGUCGUUCAAACCACCUUCCGACGCCUGUUGAGUGAGCGAGUUCAAGGGAGUGGAGAUUGGCUUCAGAGUGAUUCACUGUAUUCCGAGUGGGCGUCCCACGAAAAAUCUCCAUUUUCAGUCUUUGGUAUCUCCGGAGGCGAGGGUUAUGGUAAAUCGUUCCUCUUUGCGAGCGUUGCCAAAUAUCUACAAGACGAAAAACCUCAGUCUGAAAGUGACAUGAGGUGCAUUUCCACUGCCUACCAUAUCUUUGACCGUGAUAAUAAACAAACAUCUUUGGUCCAGGCCCUCAAGGUCCUUGCAUGGCAGAUCGCCGACCAAGAUAUUGUUUACCGCAAAGAUAUAAGCUCUGUGAAAGCGACCGGUAUCAACCAGAUAGGGGAUCUUUGGAACAUUCUCUUUUCCAAAUCGUACAAGAGCGACUCAAUUUUCUUUCUUCUCCUGGAUGGCAUUGACCAGAUAGACAAGAGCGAGCUCAAGGAGUUUGUCCAAGUUUUAGAGGAAUUACAGGCUACCUCCGAAACCUGGGCAGGCUUCAGGCUUCGCAUUUUUAUCACUGGGCGAGAUGACACAAUAAGCAAGGUCAAAAACCAGCUCGGAGGAGGAAUGUUGGCAAUAGACGCGGCAUCCGAAAAUAACGAUGACGUGGAGAAGUUCAUUAUUGACCGCAUGAAAAAGAUGGAGAUUCUAAGUGGCUCGUCAGACCAGGUACUUUCUCUUCAACGCGAGAUCUUGGAGAAUUUGAAGGCCCAUACCCAUGGCGAUUUCGUCAAUAUCGGCCUCCUACUGCAUGAGAUCAGCGGGAAGCAGCGUCCUGGUGAGAUCAGGGAUAUUUUAUCCCGCUCGGGGGGCAAGCGAUCCGACACUAUCGCAAGAAAGAUUGAACGCCUCAACGAGACACUCAACGAAGAGGACAUCUCGGACCUGAAUACCAUCCUUACAUGGGUUAUCUAUGCUUGGUGGCCACCAAGUCUAGCAACACUAGAAGGAGUCCUCUUCCUAAAGGCUGGGGAGUCUUCUCUUCGGCCUCUGGCAGAAAAGAUAACUGACCAAUAUUCCUCACUCGUCCGGAUUAUGGGAGAACCGCAUCCCAUAACUAAGGUUAUACCAGCCGAUUCGGAGGUGGAGCUUGUCUCCGACUCAAUAGUGGAGUUCAUACUCAACAAUGAUGAGUCUGACAACCCUGAAGACGCCCCAGACCUAGAUCGUACUGGAAAUAUCAGCGAAGUCGAAGUCAGGAUUGUCCGUCGAUUCUUGGAGUCUGUCUGCGACCCCAAGCUGUUCUCCAAAUUUGGGUUCGAAGAGUUCUUUCAGAGAAAACUCAAAGGAAAAACCGCGGUUGUCGGAGUUGACUUCUAUAGCGUCAAUUCAAGUAUGCUUUCAACGUGCUUGGAGGUUAUUAAUCACCAGGAAUCCCCAACAUUAGCCUCUCUACUCUCAUACACGUCUUCCUGUUUCCAUAGGCAUCUUGAACGAGCAGACCCUUCACUGAUGCAGCCAGAGCAAAAGAUGUCUCUUGGUCCGCAGUUAGUCAACCUCUUUACAGACGAAGACACAAUUGCAAGGUGGUGGAAACCAUUGGAGAGUUUCAUACGAUGUUAUUGGAUCUACGAGGACGAAUUUCCUGAGAUUGCGUUAAAGUGGCUUCAAGACUCUGCGGUCACUAGAAACCUCCCUGAUGAUCAAUACAGAUGGGUGAAAAGCUUGAGUUCGAAGUCUGAGCCUGAUGCAGAUAUUAUGGAGCACAUUGCAAAAUUUACUGCCCGUCUCUGGUUGGAAGUGGGUUAUAGAGGAGACAAGAUUGCCGGUUGCUUCGCUGCGGUGCAUGGAUAUAUUACCAAGAUUGAAAACCGCAAAAAUCCACAGAUUCAAAGAUCCACCAUGGACCCGGAACCGGAAAAUAUCGAGGUCUCCCAAAUUCUUGAUGCGGCUGAAUGGGCCCGACAGAAGCUUGGACUGGAUAGUCUAGGAUACCGCGAAACGCGCAACCUAGCGGCCACAUUCACAGCGUACAUGAAACACGCCGAGGCCAUUGAAUAUCUCAAACUCUCGUGCUCGCUCCAGGAGUACAACUGGCUCUCGCAAUGGGGUCUUGCAACCUCAUAUGCCGACAUAGGAGAAUUUGCACUUGCGAUUGAGACAAUAGAGGCUGCGAAAAAUGUUAUCAAGUGUAGCGAAAUACGCGAUCAUGAUCAUCAGUUGAUAGAAAUGGACCGAGACCUGGCUAGGUACAGCGAGAUGUUGGGUGAUAACCACAAAUCGUUUGCGAUAUACGAGGAAAUGCUGCGGAAUGACCCAGAUGACUACUUUGCGGCAUUGCAGAUGGUAGUACACUUUAACAAAGACAAGAACUACGACGGCCUGCUCAAAUUCCUUGAUUCACGCAAGGCCUCCAUAGACGAUUCAACCGGUUUGAACAGGCGAACUCGGAUGUUCCAUGAGGUCUACUCCAACAUGGGGCUUUACACGGCAAUGCUCGCUCUUGCAUCCGAUAGCAAAGCUUUCGAUUUUGUCGUUGAAAGCUAUCAAGAAGCCAUUAUUGCCGCUAGACAGCAGCUCGCCAAGGCGACCAGUGAGGGCAACAUCGACGAUGAAAUACUUCAUAAUUAUUGCCAAGCGGUCCUGAUGGAUACGCUUGCAUACAUUUGCUACGACAAUGGCUCCGAGAACAUCGAGCGGAGGGAAUUCGCCAUCGAACAGUGGGUACACAUCUUACGGAUCGAUGAAUCUUCCGAAGAGAAAUCCCUUUCAACUACGAAAGCAUCUGUCCGGACAAAGCUCGCAAACGUGUUUUUCCAUGAGGCACUUCGGGAUGCAGACACGGCAGCUACAUAUCUAGAGCAGUUAGAACAGCUGGCCAGCUUCAAGUUCACAUAUGACGAGCGCCCUAAACCGUAUCCGACAGAACUUCUCGCACGAUACUACACUCUCCAAGGCGACGAAAAGAAGGCCAAAGAUGCUGUGCGCGUACACAUCAAACGCAAUAUUGACAUUCUCUCUGAUGAUGAUCCUUUGAAUGACUGGCAGGGUCAUCGGGGUUUGGCGAAUUACCUCAUGUUCGCAGGCCAGGACGUGGACUGCCUUGCUGCUUGGUCCUUGGUCGUUGCUGGUGUAGACCCAGAGAUAGAUCCAGAUUCCUCGAAUGCCAAUCCAAACUUCCCGGGUUCUGAGACAGCAUCCCAACUCUCCGUGGAAUUAGAGCCCGUGGGCUAUUUGGAGUUCUGCUAUGGCUGCCGUUUUCGCCAGCCCCCGGAUAACUUUUAUAUAUGCAGAGAGUGCGAAAAUGUGGCGUUUGAUGAGUCCUGUUACACCAAGAUACGCGAAGGGACCCUCGAGGCAAUUGUCUGUGAGAAGGAUCACGACAUGCUGCGUGUCCCACCAUUCGAUCCCAUCCAGCACAAGAGAAUUGGUCGGGGCAACGUGCUGGUUGGCGAGGAAAUCAUGCCCGUUACCGAGUGGCUCCAACGACUCAAGGAGAAGUGGGAUAUACGUUCGUGA